AGCACAUAACACGACAUGUACGCGCUCACGAACACAUUGACAAUUGCCAGAUAAAGUAAUCAAAAUAAAAACGCCAAGAUUGAUGCCACACUAUUAGUCACUUCCGUGACUGACUUACCAUUUAUGGUUCCUUCUGCCACGUAUGACAGCACGAGUUGAAAGGGAAAUUCAUACGUGAAUUUUAUCUUGUCUGCGCCGCAAAUACGUAAUCGACGCCGACCACUGUCCAAGGUCCAAGCAAACAGUGGAAAAUAUCCAGUAGAGCUGAGUGUCCCCGGCAAUGGCGUGGGCUUCGUGGCUGGCGUGGCUGGCGUGCGCGGCGGGUGGUGCGGCUGGGAUGCUCUUCCCCCGCGAGUCGGAGUCUCGCGAAGUGGUGGCGCUGGACGGUAUCUGGAGGUUCGCGCUCGGCGGCCGAGAGGAGGUGGAUGUAGGCUUCCGUCAGCGCUGGUACCUGCGCGAGCUCCCGAAGUGGGUUAACGGACACCUGGCAGGCAACCACUCGGGCGGGCACCUGCCUUUCGACCUGGACGUGACGGCGCUGCUCGAGUACGACGCCCCGUCUCUCCUCACAGUGGCGGUCAACAACACGCUCUCCCCACACACCAUCCCACAGGGCUUCACCGCCUACUUCAACGACACAGACAUGUAUCCUCCAGGAUAUACUGUCAAUGAUUAUACAUUUGAUUUCUUCAAUUAUGCCGGCAUUCAUAGAUCUGUGGUUUUGCACACUGUUCCAGAUGUAUUUAUCAACGACAUAACAAUAAAUACAAAAAUCAUUGGGGAGACAGGUGUGGUACAAUUCGAUGUUUCGUAUACCAUAUCCGAAAAUGAAGUUGAUGAUGAAGUGUCAUGCAAGAUAACACUACUCGAAGAGAGCAAUAAAGCUGUUGGCGAAGUGUCUCUUUGUGAGGGGGACAUAAUAAUCGAUAAAGCGAAGUUUUGGUGGCCUGUACACAUGAGCAACUCUGCUGGUCAUCUCUAUUUAUUUGAGGUACAAUUAAAUCACGGACAAAAACGUAAAGACGUGUACAGAUUACCUGUUGGUAUACGUACCAUUAAUUGGAAUGAAACGACAGUUCUCCUCAAUAACAAACCAAUGUACAUGUAUGGAUUUGGAAAACAUGAAGAUUCAAUCCUGCGAGGCAAAGGGCUGGAUCACACCCUUCUGGUGCGCGACUACAGCCUCAUCGAGUGGAUCGGCGCCAACAGCUACCGCACUUCGCACUACCCCUAUGCGGAGGAGGCGCUGGACCUGGCCGACCGACAAGGCAUUCUCAUCAUCGCAGAGAGCCCUGCCGUCAACCUCGACAAUUUUGAUUCGGUACUCCUGGAGAAGCACAAGAGUGUCAUGGCAGAAAUGGUUAACAGAGACAAAAAUCAUCCCUGCGUAAUAAUGUGGUCCAUCUCCAACGAAGCGCGAACUCAACGCAAGGAAGCAGGUCCCUAUUAUAAGUCUAUUGUGGAAUACGUUAAGAGCUUGGAUAAGACGCGACCCGUCGGAUUUGUCACAAAUCGAAAUAUGUACCAAGAUAAGGCAGCACCUUUCAUGGAUGUUAUUGGUGUAAAUCGCUACUUCUCAUGGUAUUCUGAUACUGGAGAUUUAGAGCUUGUAUCACGUCAGGUAGAAACGGAAUACACCAAGUGGCAUAACGUAUGCAAAAAGCCAAUAUUUAUGAGCGAAUACGGCGCAGAUACUAUCUCCGGAUUUCAUCAGUUACCAUCGUUUGUUUGGACAGAAGAUUAUCAAGUUGAUCUCUUACAUGAACACUUCAAAGCCUUUGAUAACCUGAGAAAAAAAGGUUUUUUUAUUGGAGAAAUGGUUUGGAAUUUUGCUGAUUUUGCUACCAAACAAUCUGUCACUAGAGCUCAAGGAAACAAGAAGGGCAUAUUCACCAGAGAACGACAACCUAAGCAUGCCGCCUAUGUCUUAAAAACUCGUUACCACCAUCUUGCCAAAGAGCAAUUGAAAAAUAUGACUGAAUAGGGUGAUCCCUCUUGUUCUUUAUCGUCUGUCGCAAUACGGCUCUUUAUGUAUAGCCUUGGCGUCAUGAAAUUCAAUUGACAAUAGAAAUUUUAUUUUUCCAUUUUCUUUAUCGUCUGUAGGUGCAUGCACACUACUCAUUGUUAUGUUAAUAAAUUUUCCUUUGAUUCUAAUAGAGCAUAAUUUUUCGUUUACUGAGUUAAAUCAACACCACCUACAUACCUACCUACAUCUACCUAUUGCUACCUAUACCACCUAUAUCUAGGUGGUGUUGAUCAGAUCCUGUGAACGAAAAGAAAGCUCAAUGUGGACAGCAUAGCACAUAGUGUAUGCGUCAAGUUGCGUUGCUUAGUAUAAGGCUUACAAAGUCUGCAUGAAAUACAUACCAAAGACUUUCUGAAAGUUGCUUACAUAACUAUAUCACUUAGACAUUUUUUAUUUUGUUACGUUAAGAAUCUUUAAAAUAUGAAUUCUGAGACAAGUCUUAAUUUAUAUCUUACAGAAAGGCAGAUAUUUUUAUUUUGCUACACUCUUGAAUAACAUAGUUGCAAAUCAGACUCGAUUAUUUUACAACGAUCAAUCAUGUAGCUCCAAAAUAAAUCUGUUCAUCUUAACCAUUUACAGACUCUCACAAACAAAUGUACAUUAUAAUAACUAUGUCAAGAAGUCUGUAACGAGAGUAGGGGUAUGUAUGAAAAGGGUCGGCGGCUAAUAGGACGCACUCAGCUUCAGCGGCAUCACAUGAGUAAUGGAAGAACCUUUAAAGGAAUUUGCGGCCAAUGGCCUACAAAAUCAUAUUAGACUCCGUCUAGGGGCUCUAGCUCAUAUAUCAAAUCAACGCCAAAGUGUAGAUGACGUCAGUCAAAUAUGUGUACACGCGACGUUAUUGGCGGAAAAAA